AUGACUGCGAGAAAACGGAAAAUCGAGGAAAGAGAUAAAAAAGAAGAUGUGAAAAAGAAGAUAUUGUCUCCAGAAGCUCAGAAAAAGAUGAAUGAGUUUUAUGAUCAACAGAACGAGCUGCUCCAGAAGUUUGAACAGGAUCAGGAGACGAUUCAAAAGCCAAUUAAGAAAGCGGAGCUGCCCGGUGCCAAAAUUUUUUCUGUUGAAAAAUGUAUAUUUAAAACAGGCUCCUCAAUUUCCGAGGAAAUAACUUUCAGGCAAAAAUAUUUCCCGGUGGUUGUUGAAAACUGUGCCGCCAAACCUACAUUCGUUGAUUCUUCCAUGGACAUUGCGUGCAGUUUUGUUAUGAAUAUCUGUCUAUCUGCUAUCAGUAAAACGGACGCCUUGAAAUAUCCACGUGGUAGAGAUCGUCUUGAACUGAUCGGAGUGAUUUUGUGUUCUGUGAUCAUGGCUUUUGCGAAUGUCUCAAUGAUAAUGCAAUCUAUAAACUCAAUUGUAAAUGAUACGGUGGAUCCCAAAAUGACAAACGCCACGUUUGCAAUUAUCGCAGUACAAACUGUUCUGAAGGCGAUAAUUAUGUGGAUGUGUUAUAAAAGAGGAUCAACAUCAAGUCUAGUGAUUGCAAUGGAUCUUCGCAAUGACUUAAUCACAAGAAGUUUAGCGCUAGUAUGUGGAUACUUGGGAGACUAUGUAUGGAAGUUCGCUGACCCGAUUGGAGCUAUUUGUGUAUGCACAUGGAUUGCUUAUUCGUGGUGCCGACAUGCUGUGGAUAAUAUUCCACAGUUGGUUGGAAUUUCUGCAGAAAGGGAUCAAAUGGCGAGAAUUCUGAAUAUCACACUGAAGCAUGAUGAGAGGAUAAAAUAUAUCGACCAUUCAAUGAUCUACUAUACAGGACUGAACGCUCAAGUCGAGCUUCACAUAGUUCUUGAUGAAAAAUUACCGUUGAAAAUAACUCAUGACAUAUCUCACGAUCUGGAGAAGAAUAUCCAAAAAUUGGAUUUCGUGGAGCGAUGCUUCGUUCAUGUUGAUUAUAAUUGCGAUGGAGAUUAA